GGAAAUUUGCUUUGACUCCUCCGCUUUUCCGUAGGUGCUUGGACGGAGGCAAGAGCCGGGACAUGCUACCGCGACUGCCGCGGCUUCUUUUCCGGACUCUCCGCUCCGCUCGCUUCGCCGCAGGGGCAGCUGGUUUCCCUAGUCCCCAGAUCCCCUGGACGCCCCCAGAGGCGGGACGGGGAUCUCUUGGCUCCGGGGCCGUUAUGGCUGUACAAGGGCCCUCCCCUCUCCGAGCGGACUCCCAAAGGCUGGAAGCGGAGGAGGAAGAGGAGAAAGCUGGGCAAGGAGUGGGAGGAAAAGUUCAGCCUCCCCCUGCAAGCAAGCAGUUGUCACAACAGAUCGAUGGAAAACAAACCGUGGAAUGCAAGAAAAAAGAAAGAAAAAAGCAAAGAAAGGAAUCAUACAGUUCUAACGAUUUGACUGAUAAUUUAAUGAUGGAAAUGCCAUUUGCCAGAGCAGAUAUUGAACCUGAAUUUAGCACCUCAAGCAAAUCUAAACUAUCUGUUAAAAAGAAGAGAAAGAGAAUUACUGGAAAGGAGAGUGAAGAAGACAAUAUAAUAAAGAAAAAGAAAAACCAAGACAGACCCAAUUAUUUCAUAUCUGUUCCAAUCACAAAUCCAAAGAUAAUAGAUGACAUUCAGACCCUCCAGAACACAAUCAUACAAAAAGAUAAUAGGCUCUCCAAAGCAAUGAUUCAUUAUGGUUCUUUCCAUGUCACCCUCUUAGUGAUGCACCUGUCCAGUGAAGAAGCAAUUAGCAAUGCAGUUGGUGCUUUCUUGGAGAGUGGAGGUUUAAUUGAAGAAUUACUGCAAGGAAAGCCUUUGGAUUUAUCUUUUCAAGGUACUGAUCACUUCAGAAAUCAAAUUGGAUUUGUGAAGUUGACUGAGAAUGAUCAUACAACCACGCUUUUAAAGAUAGCAGAAAUUGUGAAGAAGAUGUUUCAAGAAAAAGAUAUCAUCAUAGAUGACAAAGCUUUUAAGCCUCACUUGACCUUCAUGAAGUUGUCAAAAUCCCCAAAACUACAAAAGCAGGGAGUAAAAAGAAUUGAUCCAAGCAUGUUUGCAAAUUUCAAGAAUCAUUAUUUUGGCGAUGAACUUAUGAAGCGUCUAGAUCUUUGCUCAAUGUUGAAAAAAAAGCAACCUAAUGGCUACUAUCAUUGUGAAUCUUCUAUUAUAGUGGGGAAGAGCCCUGAAACAGCUAUAGUAAAGGAAGCUUUGCAUAGAGAAUUGUUGUCCCUGUUGACUAAAGUGAAUCAGAUAAAAGAACUUUUAUCCAGUCCAUCAAUUCGGAUGAAAAUAUACAAGGAACUGCUUGAACAAGGACAGCUCAGUGACAGCAUCUGGGAAAAUGUCACUAAUCCUACUUCUUUAGUGUCUUAAUUUUUAAUGGCAAAGUAUACAGAUUCAUUUAUAGUGGAGAUUAUUUACAUACCCAACUUGUAUUGAUUUUUUUUAGAGGAAGAGACGUAUCCAAAUAAUUGAAAGUGAUAGGGAAAAAAUAUGUAAGCACUCUCUUCUAAGAUCCAUCCUAUUUGGUGAGGGGUAAGGAAAUCCAACUGAGUCAGAAGAAGGCAAGUGUAUUGUAAGUAGGUACAUAAAGGCCUCCAGUGCUACUAAUAUUUUUCACUACAUGAAAAUACAGUAUACUGCUGUAGUAUUGAUCGGGAGAGGUCAUGAUUUGUGCUAUGACUAAUCUCACCCUAUGCAUUUUUUGCUGGCACAGGAAAGUCGAAGGACAAAACUUAGAUGCAGACUUUUAUUGCUUGGAGUAUAAGAUAAAGUACAAACCAAAAACUGAGUUAGGGACAGGUACUAUGUGGAGUGGAAUUGCAUGCCCUGGUCUCUUGUAUGAAUCAUCUCAUCUCAUUAGCCUUAGGUUUUGCUUUCUUUUCUUUUUCUUACCAUUUACCACAUAGACCAGAUCAUGUUCUCUCUCAGCCAGUGUUUAUUUUAUAAUAGGUAAUACUAUAGAUUAUUUCUAUAGCUGUGAACUUUAUAACAAGGCAACAAGUUCUAUUAAGUGGCUUUAAACUAUAUCACUUAGAAGAACGUUUUGUAUUAUAUGUCUGUCUUUUAUCUAUUAAUGGUGAAAUUUUGUUUUUGGACUGCUUACUUUUUUAACACAUCAGAAUUUGAAAUCUUAUGUACAGAUUCUGACAUAUAGUUUUUGCUAUUGUUUACAUGCGAAACAAGAUGGUUUAAAAUGUUUUAAUAUUUAUUGUAAAAUUGCAAGUGGUCUUUAUUUAAUCAUUUGUUACGAGUAUGCUGAUUUUAAAAAGAGAAAACAAAUUCAUUUCAAUGCCUUUUGUGAACAUAGUUUCUGAAAUUUGAAAAGGGCUAAAAGUGUCUUUGGGGGUAGUGAUAAAACACUUCAUAUUAAUGUUUAUACAAAGUGCAUUUUCUCUGUAUGCAGGUUUGUGCUUCCAACAGAAUUAUCAAAAGUAUAUGGUAGGCUAGCCUCUGUCCUCUACCUCUGCAGGCAACUGGUGAAGGAAGGAAGUUGAUCUCUUCAAAUGCGUUAAUGGUUCUUUGAAUUCCCUUGCUCUUAUUCCAUCUUUAAAUUCAGUUUUCUGGAUAUUCAUUGUUGCUUCUUCCAAAUCAAUUCAUAGAAGCCACAUUUCAUACUUAAAUUAAUUGAACUUAGGGAUGCUGCUGCUGAGGUUUAUAUGGUAUCCAUCUUUGCAGCACUAUAGUGUGGUCCAGGGCUGAUAUCUACAUCCCCAGGAAGUCAGCAAUCCAGAAAUUGGAUAUGGAUGUGCCAUGGCCUGAACGUUCUGAAGAGAAUGCUACCUUUUAUGGCUUCACAGAAACUUCUGGGAGAGUAAGAACAGAGAGAUACACCUGAUCCACCAUGCAGAUUGACCAUUAAAAGAAAAAAGGGAUGUUGUGUGCACAGGUCCUAACGCAGAAAGGAUUUUAGCAUAUCAGGGGAGCCUAGGAUGGUAAGCUUCAUGUGGGUCCAACAGUUAAUAGGGGGAAAAUGAAAAUUAAUGAUAGAUAAUUCUUUAGCAUGUUUAUGGAAACUUGUUUCCCUGCAUUUUUCAGCUGUUGUCCAGCUCUUGUGAGAUGUGCAGAAGCCAAUAAGAAGCAGUGUUGGUAAGAAAGGGUGAGAUUAUAAAUUUUGAAGACAAGGACUUUUUUUUUCAUCUAUUUACUUUGUGUAAUGUAAAAUAUAUUUGAUAAGGGUGAUGUUUUUCCGUAUUUCCAAGCCAAGAUUUUAAACAAACAGGGAAAAAAACCCUGCUUGACAUGGCAUUAAAAAGAGCCAGGAUCUUUGCUAUGCUCAGCUGGCAGAAUCCCAAGGACCAAGUGCCCAAACAAGUAGCUUGAUUGCUGGAAUACAAGUUUGUGUGCUUUGUCUUGAUACUGCAAGUGACAGCCAAAACCAAAAUGUAAACACACAAAUAAUAAAUCCUUUAUUUCACAGGCUUGAGAAUGCAGUGCUCACCAGAACAAAUGCCAACUAUCUCACGUCACCAUCAGCCCUGACUCCUUUUUCCCCAGACAAUUUGAGUUACUCCACUCAAUCACAGCAUGGCAGCAUCCAUGACAAUAUAUAAGAGCAGCCAUCAGCCCCCAGGCUGAGUGCCACUCGGAGGCUUUCCAUAAUGCCUCCUGUGGAUGGUGGACCUGUUGCUGCCCUUCCAAACCUUUCUCUGCUAUCACUGCUUUGCAGUGGGAAAAAAGGCAAAGCCAUCUCGCCCAUUUGAACCGUGCUCUGGACAGCCUGUUAGGGAGGAGGGUGAAUAAGUACGUUCUUGGCAUGCUGUUUAUAUUGCAUGCCCAUAAUUAUGCUGGCCCAGGACUAUAAUAAAGAGUUGAUGUGAUUUGCAUGCCAAUAAAAACAGGGCAUAUAACAAGUAAUACUUCCUUUUAGGAGGGUAGUUGGUUUGCAGCAUUCUAUAUGUAAUGGUGUGACCUAGUUGAAUAAUGCUCUCAGAAGAAAAUUAGCUGGAGGGGAAUAUUAGGAAUGUACUAAAUUGCCAAAGGAAGACAUACCAAAAAAGCAACUAUUAGAGUUUCUCCUGGGAAGCCUCAGUUGCAGGUGGGGGUGCUUUCGGAUGGGGUGGCUCCUCUGCUGUCAGUCAGAAUAUAUUGUUCAGUGAUUCUGUCUUUGCUUCCUUUCUGUAAAGAGGAAAAAAACCAACCAAGAUGUCUGUUUUCAUAUUGGUAGUACAGGUCUCCACUUGCCAUAACAUUUUGUGAAGGAGACAAGGGGACUUUAUCAAAAGAAAGAAAGCCUAGUCUGGAAGCACUCUUAAUUGCUAGGCUUAAGGCAUUUGCUCAAAUUGGUGCAACCCAGCUUCAAGCGUGCCUGCAAUAUUAAAGCAAACACACGUUGUUUGGUAUUCUGCAUUUAUUGGUGCACUGGGUUUCCACAUGCACAGUAGUGUUAUUCUUACAUGAAACCUGUUUGACAGAUCUGAUUCUGGACCAAUUUAAUCAUAAUAGUCUAUGUUAAUUACAUUGCUAUCAUAACAAGUAUAAUAGGCCAAACUGAUCAGAGAACUUAAAACUGUAACCCUUGGUUUUCAUCCAUUUUGUGCUCUGAUACCCUUGAGUAAAUCCAUACAGAUAUUGGACUAAAAAUAACAAUGUUCAGGUAGGGUUAGGGUUGGUUUGGGUAACAUCACAAAACACGGAGAAAAAGUAAAGAGUUAGCUCCAUAUACAGAUGAUUCUUUCCAUCAAAUUGUCCUUUGAUUUCUAAAAGGCACUCUGUGCCAUUCAAACAUGAACAUUUCGUGAAAUACCACAGUGUUCUCCAACGGCUCAUUACAAAAAGCCAUUUGGUCAUCUAAUUCCUGGGAAAAACCUAAUGCUGUAGCAGUUUUGCUUCACUUUUUUUUGAUCAAUAUAUACAAAAAUCUUGGCUUGUACAAAUCUCAUUUAUAUUCUUCCCAUGUUAAAUGUCUUCCUAAUGAGAACAUUUGUACUACAGAGAAACUGAUUCUGCAGAGGCUAAAAUGUACUUUCACAUCCAAACAAUAAUUGGAAGCCUGUUGAAUUAAAAAAAAAAAAACAUUACUAAGAAGUAUCUGCAAUGAGGAAAGCAGAAUAUUACAGGAAUAAUAAACUCAAAUAUUUCUCUUGUCUCUAUUCUACUUUUUUUCACAGCUUCCAUUAGUGCUUUGAUUAAAUAAAGCAACCGUUACAUGUCUUUGCUGAAGCUCUGGAAUGUUUGGAGGGCAUACCGAGACAUAUUGUGUAUGUAAUGUUAAUACUUGAAAAUCAUGAUCACAAAUUGUUCAUCUCUGUAAAAAUUAAGCUGAAAUUAAAAAAUGAAAACACUUGGAAAAAUGAAUCUAGCAUUAAACUUAAAGCUUCUAA